CAGACAGACAGACAAACAGACAGACAACAGACAGACAUACAGAUAGGCAGACAGACAGACAGACAGAUAACAUUAUCAAUCAACAAGACAGGCUGCACGUGUCAGGUCUCUGCUAGGCAGAGGGGCAGGAGCAUGGCUUAAUAGCAUUCCAACCUCAUCAAAGUUUGCGCUUAACUCUAGCGACUUUUGUGUAGCAACAAGAUUGCGGUUGGGGUGUGAUAUACUUGCUUCUGUUGUUGAGAAAUAUGAGUAUGGAAGAAAUAUUGACAGGGAAGGGUUUCACCUAUUGACAUGUAAGUCUGGUGGAGGGCCCAUUUGGUCCCACAACUCCAUUGUUAGUGCCUGGUGUGAUUAUCUGCAAGAGGUGAACACAACUUAUCGAAGAGAGCCUAGAGAUCUGUAUGACGGCACAAAUUCACGUCCUGACAUCAUAGCAUUUGAUUCUAAAAACGGCAGAGAUCUUGAAUUAGAUAUAUCUGUUGCUCAUCCGUGGAAUGCUGACAUACUACUUAGAGCAGCUGAAGAAGACGGAGAAGCAGCAUGAAUGAGAGAAAUGGUAAAAUUGCAGAAAUAUGGAAAGGAAGUAGACAUAUUUGGAAGUGGCUCAAACUGGGACACCUCUAGUGUUUGAACAUUAUGGGAGAUGGGGUGAGCACACCAUCAAGUUUCUUCGUUACCUGUCUGAACUGUCUGUGGAUGAAUACGACUGCAAGAACAGCACGGAAUUCAAGUCUCUCUGGCGUCGAGCUUUUUCUGUAGUUCUACAGCGAUGUAACGCCCUGGGUGCUGUCAAGAAAUUGUGUAGACUUGCUAGAAAACUAGUAAAUCAGAUUUAGACUUAUAUUACAAACAAUUGGUACAGUAGUUCAUUAAUUGCUUUGCUGUCGCUGGACAAUAUUUAGCCUGUACUAGCAGUUGCAAUAUGCAAAUAUAUGUAUUGACAGACAGACAGACAGACAGAGAGCGGGCACAAGUUUGUCAAGAGAUCAACUUCAGAAUGCCAUCGAGCAGUUGUUGUGAUUGUGGCAAGAAACUGGACAUCCAAGGAUACCAUCUAAUCACUUGUAAGACUGGCGGUGGUCCAGUGCACACUCACAACUCAAUUGUGUCAACAUGGUCUAACUGCCUUUCUCAACUCAACUUGUCGCACAAACUGGAGCCACAAUACCGGUAUGUCAACAGUGACAAGAGGUCGGACAUCCUCGUUUAUGACCCAGAUUUAGGUGCAGACAUUGAAUUAGAUGUGUCGUUGGCUCAUCCAUGGUGUUUGGUCUCCGUGAAGGCAGCCUCCAGAGAAGAAGGAGUAGCAGCAAUGAAACGGGAGGAGAAGAAAGAGGCAAAGUAUAAUUCUGAGCUGCUGCCAGAAGGUCCUGCCCAUUGGUCAUUCCUCUUGUUUUCCAACAUUUUGGCCGUUGGGGUGAACAAGCUGGCAAAGAGUGCAAGAGAUGAUGAAGGAAAACGAAAUGAGACCGACUUCAAGACCAAGUGGUGAUCAAUCAUUUCAGUGACACUACAACGUUGCAAUGCAAAAGUGGUCUCUGACAAACUCAUUAGCAUAGCGAGAUUAGAACGUCGAAAUGUAUUGUGCUCAGUGUAGUUUGUAUGCUUUAGGACAGUAAUGGUCUUGUUGUGUUAGUGUUAGGUUGCUCAUGAUGUAAACGUUUGAUUUAAAUGGAUAAUAUAUGUAUGGAGACAGA